AUGAAAGACUUCCAUCAAUCAGAAAACCCCGACCUCGAAGCUUUCAGUGUAUCCAUUUUCGUUCUUGGGUAUGCCUUGGGGCCCCUCGUGCAUGCGCCGCUGAGCGAGAUGUAUGGAAGGAUAAUCAUUUAUCACGUCAACUCUGUCUUAUUCAUCAUCAGCAACGUAGCAUGCGCGCUAUCGAUCAACUUGCCAAUGCUGAUUAUUUUCAGAUUUGCCACUGGUCUCGUGGGAUCAAGUCCUUUGGCACUUGGUCCUGCAAGUGUAGCUGACAUCUUCAAAACAGAAGAGCGAGGGAAGGCUCUCGCUCUCUGGAACCUUCCCGUCCUACUUGGCCCCGCCAUCGGACCUCUCGUCGGGAGCUACCUGGCGGCUGCGAUGGGCUGGAGAUGGAACUUUUGGUUUCUGGCGAUAGCAAUGUCAGUGAUUUUUGUGGCAACUGCAGCGUUCCUCAGGGAAUCUCAUCUACCAACACUCUUGAAGCGCAAGGCUCGAACCAAGGACAAAGCGCGGGACGCUCUUGGGUUUGUCAACGCGUCCGACUUCUCUUCACCACCUCGCCUAAGAACUUUUACAAGCGCUAUUAUUCGACCCACCAAAUUACUCUUCCUGUCGCCAAUUGUGUUCUUCCUGUCGUCACUUGCAGCGAUUAAUUACGGCUAUAUCUACAUCAUGUUCACAACUAUGAGCUCCACCUUUGUCGAACGUUACGACACGUUUGACGAAAGAAACGUAGGACUGACGUACUUGGCUUUCGGGAUUGGCAACGUUUCUGGAAACAUUGUCUUGAGCGUAAGUUCAGAUCGGAUAGUCAAGCGAGGCGCCGCGAGAUCCGGAACCAUGAAGCCGGAAUACAGACUUCCCCCGCUACUUCCUGGUAGCCUUCUUGUUCCGGCUGGACUGCUCCUGUACGGGUGGACACUGGAACACAACGUGCACUGGAUUGCACCACUGUUCGGCAUGCUCCUAAUUGGCUUUGGUACAAUCCUUAUCUUCGUUCCUAUUAAUGCGUAUCUGGUAGAUGCUUUCACCGAGUACGCAGCGAGUGCCACGGCGGCCAGCACUGUGCUACGAAGCUUGGGAGGUGGCCUACUUCCGUUAUGUGGUGGCAAGAUGUAUCAGGCGUUGGGUGAUGGUAUAGGCAACACCAUCUUGGCUGUAAUCGGGGUGGUUGUCGCUCCUGUAGCGUUUCUGAUUUACUUCAAAGGAGAACAACUGAGAAAGAGCACUCAAACUUCCCGGUGA